GUUUUUUUGUGUUAAGUGCUGCAUUUCUCAACAGCACGCCGAGAGAGGUGAGGUCGACGAUCAGUGAACAUUGAGAGCUUGCGCUUGGCUGACGCGAAAACGCAAAAAUAGUUGUAAACAGUACGUGACAUAGAUACGAGUAAUAUUCGAAGACAUUAAAAUUUGAAAUGAAGAUCAAACAAGAACUUUUAGAGCAGCCCACGGGUGAACUCUGGCAAGCCAUACGAGUGGAGUUGAAGGAGGAUGCUAAAACCAAGGAUCAGGACUUGGCUGCUAUUAGAGAAUGGUUGAAGAAACAGCCACAUCUGCCUGAUGAUUGGGAAACGGGGCCGCUGAUGACAUUCCUACGCGGCAGCAGCUUUUCCUUGGAGAAGUGUAAACGGAAGCUGGACAUGUAUUUCACUAUGAGGGCAGCGUGCCCAGAAUUUUUCACCAAACGUGACGCAACCAGGCCGGAAUUGACGGAGAUCUUAACCAAUAAAAUAGAAGGACCACCGCUACCUGGAAUCACGCCUAAUGGCAGAAGGGUCACAGUGUGCAGAGGUAUCGACCAAAACUUGGAUGCCCAACAAAUCAUCGAUACACUCAAACUAGCUCUUAUGAUUGGUGAUGUAAGGCUGACGGAGGAAAAGGAAGGAGUCGCAGGAGACAUCUAUGUGCUGGACGCAGCUGUUCUUGGGCCCAGCAUACUGGCAAAACUCUCUGCUGCUACCAUCAAGAAAUUUAUGAUCUGUGUUCAGGAAGCCUACCCGAUCAAAUUGAAAGAGGUCCACAUCAUAAACACAUCACCGCUUGUAGAACGUUUCGUCAAUUUCGUUAAGCCAUUCCUUAAGGAAAAAAUAAGGAAAAGGAUUUUCAUACACAAAGAAAUCAAAGAUUUAUAUAAGUACGUACCCCAGGAGAUGUUACCUGAAGAGUACGGCGGCCAAUGCAGUACGAUGACCCUAUUGCAAGAGCAAUGGAAGUUGAAACUGCAAGAAUACAGGGAGUGGUUUAAGCAACAGGACUCCAUAAUUGCCAACGAGUCCUUGCGACCUGGACGCCCUACUAACUACGACGAACUCUUCGGAAUCGACGGCUCAUUCAGGCAAUUAGCCAUCGACUGAUAUUAGGUUAUAAUACAUACGUUUUUAACAUCAAUUCUUAUAUUACCACUACCAUUGUGCAGCUUUAAAGCUGUUGUAACAAACUUUUCUAUAAUAACACUUGUUUGAUCAAACGAACUCAAAUUUAUAGUCAUUUUGAACAAAAAAUUGCUAUGCUCUCUGGUUCAAAUAAAUAUGUAUAAUUUUUUACUCAUUGGCAAUGUCCGAGAAUGAAAAACAGUUAAUCUAAAUACCGUCUUGAAAAGAUUUUGAUUUUUAUAUAGUUUAUUUAUAAUAUCGUAAAAUGCUCUCAUGAAAUGAUUUUAGGUUAAAUAAAUAUUAAUUUAUAUAGUAUUCUUUUAUGUUAUAUCUUAAGCGAUUGCUCAAUUUAAGAUGGCUCGUGUAUAAAACAUAUUUCAAAACCAUUUUAGAUAAUUAUGAAUUAAAGCUUACAUAAAUAGUUCGUCUAAAUUUAUUUACGUGAAUAAAUACAUAAAUAAAGUUUAAACUUAGGUUUAAAAUAAAGAACUGGCAAUUGUAAUUGAGUAUUUUAUUGACAUAGAUGAAUAAUUGAGUUCAACGGCCACAGUCGCUACGUAGAUAUUGAAGUAAGUAGAAAAUAUAUGAUCACAGCGCAUU